GACGGCCCCUCUACGUGGUUGGACGCUUCAGUUCCUGCGCGGUGUUUGAGCUAACUUAGUGGCCUCACGAUUGCGUCGCCGAUCUUGUUACCGCGCUGUGCCUGUCCGCUCCGUUUCCUCUCUUCCCAGUUGCGAUGUGGAAAACAACAUGCUGGGGGAAACGCGCGUCGAGCUUCCUGCCGCGAUCGGCCACGCCGGAGGGCCCAAGUCGAGGCGUACUGCGUGAGGCGUGCCAGAAUCGAAGGCGCGGUCGUUCCCCGACGACAGGUGCCCAGGGCGCUCUGCCGGACAUCCAGGACGUGGACUUGGCGGUGGUGAACAGGCAGGGGAGAGGCUGCCAGGUCGCCCUCCGCAGCCAGCACGGCGCCACUGAGCCGCGCGCGCCCGCGCCGGGAGCGGCCGGGAGGCUUUUGCUGCGCAGGGCUGCACAACAAGACGGCGGCCGAGACGCACAGGACGGCCCAGUGCACACCUGGCGCGAAGGUUAA